UUGCAGACAGGUUUGAGAGGUUCAAUUGCAGAAAGUUGUACAAAUAUUCAUCGCAAGGAAUUCCCUAUACCAUGGCUGGAAGCGCUGUUUUUGCCUGAAUUCCCGUCACGGAGCGCUAUUACGGAAGAGAACUUUCUGAUUUCGAAUGAAAUUGGCUAUGGCUCGUUCGGACGUGUGUAUCGAGCCAUUGCUAAGAAUGACAGCAGAGGGAUCUAUGCGUUGAAAAUCCAGCAAAAGUCAUUAAUUCUUGGAAAAGCUGCUGUUCAGCAAGUGAGACAAGAAGUUGCGGUUCAGGUUAGUCUUUGUUUAAAUUCGCUUCGUUCAUCUUCCAGAAGGGGAUUAAGCAAGUACUGUACAAGUUUUCGUAUUUGUGCGCUCUACUUUUACAACAUAAAAAUUCCAUGA